AUGACGGCCCCCGAAGCGAUACAGGUCAGCUCUCUGCCGCUGCCGCCCGUCCAAUACAUCAAUCUCUACACGGACGAGAAUGUACGGCGUGGACGAGCUCCGCGGCCGCCGCCGCCGAUCCACGACAACUAUUCCAUGUUCAGCAAUAUGUUCAACGCCGAUGACACGAUCAUUAGACCUCUCGAGGCUCAGGGUAUCAAAAGGUUGUACCCGCAACACUUUGAUCGUCGGCGCGAGUUGAAGAAGCUGAAUCACUCGUUGCUCGUCAAUUUCCUGGAUUUAAUAGACCUUCUUGUCCAGUGCCCUGAUAGCCCAAGACGCGCAGAGAAAGUUGAGGAUCUCAGUCUAUUAUUUAUUCAUAUUCAUCACCUGCUAAAUGAAUUUCGACCGCAUCAAGCCAGAGAAACGUUGCGAGUUAUGAUGGAACUACAACGUAGGCAACGUCAUGAAACAGCGCUGCGUUUUCAGAAACAUCUUGAUAAGGUUCAAGAAAUACUUCAGCAUGCCUUACAGAUGCUUCCUGAUACAUCGGAAUUGGACUCCAAGCUUGCGAUAAACACAGACGCUAUAGAAUCCAUAGACAAUUUAGGCUUUGAACAACAAACGCAGGAUCCUUGUAGUUCAAGCGAUCGUAUUAUGUGCAAAGUCAUAGACGAUAUGCUUUCCUCGAAUGGACUGUUUUAAGAUAUCGCUCUUUAUUUUUUAAUGUGCAAAUUAAUAUAU